GGCAACAUCGCAUCGCCCGGGUCCGUAUCACCAAUGCUUCGGCGGCCCCUUGCCUGGGCAGCUGUUCUGGCGGCGCUGACGGCGGCAGAACGGGCUCAUGAGGUUCCUCCCCGGGAGCUCCGCGGGGCCCGACAGUUGCGACGAGCUGAAGACGGGCUCGUGUGAAGUGCCCAAAGAAGGCCUCCGUCUUCAGCAGUCCUGCACCAUUGGCGCUGGGACGAACCCCCAGGUCAAGUUGCACGGGCCGUUGACCGUCCACGGGAAUCUCACGGCGCAGGGCAACGUCACCUUCCGGAGCUCCCACUCGUUGGGUGGAUCCAGACAUUUCAAGGAGGACGGCUUUAGGCUUCAAUGCCUUUGGGAUGGUGGCAAAGCGCAACUGGCAUAUGCGUUGGCAUCCCCCAUGGCGCCCCUGGUCAUGCUUCCGGCAUGCGGUUUGCUGCAGGUCUUCAAGCCCUCCGCCGGCGACCCAGCAAGACCAUCGCGGCUCAUGCAAAGAGGGCGAAGAGGAGCUGGAUCGCGAAGCUACGCUUGGUGAAGGAACACAAGGAGGUUUGGCUGCAGAUGCACGACGGCAAGGCGGAGAUGAAGUCACGAGAGAGUGAAGGAUGAGCAGCUGCUGAGCUAGCUGCAAACCGGCCGCA